AUGAAUACUUCUUGCUCAACUGUUUUCACUUAUUGGGACUCUUGGCAGUUCCAAGCAACGUUUUCACAUCUUCUGAUUUUGAUUACUCUCCCGAUCAAUUUAUUCGGAGGUUACUGUAUUAUUAAAAAGACUCCGAGGAACAGAAAAAGUGCGAGAUGGUAUUUAUUGCAUUUGCAUGCUUGGACAAUUAUUUCUGACGUUCUCAUCGGUGGACUUGUCUGUCCGUAUAUGUUUUUCCCGGUGCUCGUCGGAAUUUCCGUCGGAGUAUUCAGUUGGAUUUCCGUUCCCGUGUGGAUUCAGGUGUUUUGUGCACAAGUUGGAUUAGGCGGACUCGCCACAGCCAUAGUGAUGCUAUUCGAAAAUCGUCACAACACUUUGGUCCGUGGCAGAUUCAAAAUCGAAGCCGAAUGGAUUCGAUACACAUUUUAUGCCAUCAACGGAAUCUAUGCUCUCUUAUUCCUUCUGCCCGUCUAUUUCCAAAUUCCAGAUCCAGAAUGGGCGAAGCCUAUUCUUUUAAAAGUAGUCUGUGAACUUUCUGGAUUUUUUUCAAUAUUUCGAAAUCCUUUUCAGAUUCUUCCAUGUCCUCAUCCAUCGUACUUUCAAAACAACGUAUUCGUUUUCUCCAUGGAAAUCUCGGCUGUUACUGGAACUGCUGGAAUCUUUUUGCUUUUCUUUUUGGCAGAAGUUUUCAUUCUUUGCAUACACUCGAGCUAUUUUUUGCUCAGUUUGAAAACUCAUAUGUCACCAGCGACACAAAAAUUACAGAUAAAGUUUUUUGUGGAUAUGAUUUUUCAAGUAUCCAUUCCUGUUGCUGUAAUAGUUCUUCCAAUGACCUACUGCUUCUAUUCAAUAGUCUGGCAAUAUUAUAAUCAAAUGUUAAACAACAUAGCCAUCAUAUGUAUCUCUCUCCAUGGAAUGGGCUCAACCAUCACAUUGAUUUGGCUCAAUCCCAGUUAUCGUCAAUUCACAAUUUCGGUCAUCACUUGCUUCAGAUAUGACCCAAGCUUUCGAAGAAGUUCCGUCAUGACCGUGUCCCCUGCCACGAUAACUCAGCAGCAUUCUAAAAAAAUUUGA